CACGCACAACCACCUUCUUCUCCCAACCCUUUUACAGAAAACAACAAAAGUUCGAACUCUCACUGCACCGAAACACGAUACCAUCUCGUUUUCAUAUCCUGGCGUUUGUAGUGAGAGAAAGAGCACACCUUUGGUGAGAGGGAGAGCUAUGAUCUCAGAUUAAGAGAGAAGAGAGGGAAUUUAGCGAUGCUUUGUUCGGGUCGACUUUUGGCAGGUUCGUACCCCGUAACGCCUUUGUUUCGUCACAAUUACACACCCUCUAACUCUAGAGUUCUUCAAAAAAAGCUCGAAUCGGGCCUGAAAUGGCGACCCAUGGCGUCGGAGCCCGAUGCUUCCUCUUUUGCGUCUUCCAUUGAUUCUGAUUCAACUGAUCAAAGUGCUACUGGAUUCUGUAUCAUUGAAGGACCUGAAACUGUUCAGGAUUUUGCUAAAAUGGAACUGCUAGAAAUUCAAGAUAAUGUUCGAAGUCGCCGAAACAAGAUCUUUUUGCAUAUGGAGGAGGUUCGCAGGCUGAGGAUACAACAAAGAAUCAGAAGUGCUGAACUUGGAAUAUUGACGGAAGAGCAAGAAAAUGAACUUCCUAACUUCCCAUCAUUUAUUCCUUUUUUGCCUCCGCUGUGUUCUGCUAAUCUUAAGCAAUAUUAUGCCACUUGUUUUUCUCUCAUUGCUGGGAUUAUCCUUUUUGGUGGUCUUGUAGCGCCUACUUUAGAGAUUAAGUUGGGACUGGGAGGCACAUCGUAUGAAGACUUUAUCCGUAACAUGCAUCUGCCAUUGCAGUUGAUUGAGGUCGAUCCUAUAGUGGCAUCAUUUUCUGGAGGAGUGGUUGGGGUGAUUUCAGCCUUGAUGGUAGUUGAAAUAAACAAUGUAAAGCUGCAGGAGCAUAAAAGAUGCAAAUAUUGUCUUGGGACUGGAUAUCUUGCUUGUGCUCGCUGUUCAAGCACAGGAGCACUUGUUCUUAUUGAACCAGUAGCAACAGUUAAUGGUGGAGAUCAGCCUCUAUCAUCACCUAAAACAGAGAGGUGUUCAAACUGCUCCGGAUCGGGAAAGGUUAUGUGCCCUACAUGCCUCUGUACAGGGAUGGCAAUGGCAAGCGAGCACGACCCAAGAAUUGACCCCUUCGAUUAGAAAUUUCAUGCUUGUUAUUUCAUAUAUCUUAAUGACAAUAAUCAGCAUUUUCUGUAUACAUAAUUCAAUAAUUUAUAAUUCUGACAUUAUGGUGGGAACAACCUCUCCCCUCCUAAAGCAGAAUGUAGAACGAACUUCCAAUUACAAGAGCCUCGACGUUGGUAUAACUUGAUAUUCCCGUUCCAAAAA